CACUGUUUUGCUUUGAAUUAAAAAAAAUUAAGAAAAAAAAAACAUGGGGUAUACUCAUCCCAAAACGCCCAUGGUAUCACAUCAACUUUAAUUUCCUAUGUUACUCAUAUUCUCUCUCUCUCUCUUCACUCCCAGCUAAGGGGUACUUUAUUAGAGUUAAUAAUUAAAGAGGAGCAAAAUAUGCUAUAUAUAUUUUCCAUAUCUCAACAAAGUUGGGGGACAUAAUAAAUUUCAUUUCCUAUAUUGGAGAACAAAAUCUUCAAGAUUAGUUAAAUAUGGAUGUAUUCAUUCCUGAAGAGUACGUAAUGAGGAGAAGAGUGGAGAGAAAAGCAGCUUUAUCAUCAGGCAAAGGGAAUGGAAUGAAGAGUACAAGCUCAAAGAAGGCAGAUGAUGAUGAUCAUAAUAAUUAUAAUAAUAGUCAUGAGGUGGAGGAGAAUAUCAUGGUGAUGAUGAUGCAGAACAGGAACAGGAACAAGAGCAAGAAGAAUAUUAUGAUGAAGAAACCUCAUCCUCAUCAUUCUCUUGGUGUUAGUACUGAUAAUAAUUUUGUGUUUACUUUCUUCUCUACUUAGCCUAGCAUCAAUUAUGUAUGUACUCUAUGUAUACAGCUUUUCUCUUUCCCUCUUACCUUAUGUUUUGUAACCUUUUAAUUAAUAAAUAAUAGUUACAUCCUC